AUGGCAGUACAAGAAUAUGAAAAAAUAAAAGAAGUAUCAUCACUUGUUAUUGUUAUUGAUACUUACAUGUGCGGUACCUGCAACAAAGAAUUUCUGUCAAGAUCGGGCCGUUCAAGGCAUGUCAGGUUUGUCCACACAGAACAUGACCUUGGUUGUGGAGAAUGUACUAAGACAUUCAAAUCAAAAGAUUCCCUGAGAAGACAUGAAAGAACAGUACACCAGGCUGGACCACCUUCACCAACACCAAUUGACCGAGCUUCAGCACUGUCACCAACUCCAGUUGACACAACUCCAGCACUGUCACCAACUCCAGGUGCAGUUCACCUUAUAGAUUUUGAUGACAUGAUGGUCAUUGACACCAAUUUAGACCUGAUAGAGAUGGAGCCAAUCCUUAUUCAGGCAGGAAGCACAGCAGACAUACACCUGCGACACGUGCCAACAAGUGUUCAGUCGGAGAAAGGAGCUACAAUUCCAUCUCUCCAGAAACCAUCAGUUAUUCAGGCAGGAAGCACAGCAGACAUACACCUGCGACACGUGCCAACAAGUGUUCAGUCGGAGAAAGGAGCUACAAUUCCAUCUCUCCAGAAACCAUCAGUUAUUCAGGCAGGAAGCACAGCAGACAUACACCUGCGACACGUGCCAACAAGUGUUCAGUCGGAGAAAGGAGCUACAAUUCCAUCUCUCCAGAAACCAUCAGUUAUUCAGGCAGGAAGCACAGCAGACAUACACCUGCGACACGUGCCAACAAGUGUUCAGUCGGAGAAAGGAGCUACAAUUCCAUCUCUCCAGAAACCAUCAGUUAUUCAGGCAGGAAGCACAGCAGACAUACACCUGCGACACGUGCCAACAAGUGUUCAGUCGGAGAAAGGAGCUACAAUUCCAUCUCUCCAGAAACCAUCAGUUAUUCAGGCAGGAAGCACAGCAGACAUACACCUGCGACACGUGCCAACAAGUGUUCAGUCGGAGAAAGGAGCUACAAUUCCAUCUCUCCAGAAACCAUCAGUUGGUGAUGCAGCCGAUGCUGAAACUGGUGCUGGCCGAGGUAUUGCUGUUGGUGGAGUUCCAGCCUUUGGUGAUGCAGCUGAUGCUGAAACUGGUGCUGGCCGAGGUAUUGCUGUUGGUGGAGUUCCAGCCUUUGGUGAUGCAGCUGAUGCUGAAACUGGUGCUGGCCGAGGUAUUGCUGUUGGUGGAGUUCCAGCCUUUGGUGAUGCAGCUGAUGCUGAAACUGGUGCUGGCCGAGGUAUUGCUGUUGGUGGAGUUCCAGCCUGUAUAUGA